AUAAAGCCCUUUUUCUUUAGCUGUAGGCUACAGAUCUGAGUGAGAUUUCUCAAUAUCUAACAUAAAUUUACUGGAUCGCAAAUCAAAACAUGCGAGUGUGUUAGUGCUUGUUGAAAUACCGUGCUGUCAGGAUGCACUGUAAAAAAAAAAAUGGAAGGCUACCUAAAGCCUGUAAGUGCAUGUCCAUUUUCAUCAAAAUACAUGAUGUUUCUAAAAAUAGGCCCGUAAGUGUGUUAUCAAAUAGUUCCAGUGAAACUCCAGAAGUCACAACGUGGGCACACCACCUAAUCCUGCACUGUUAAUUGGUUUACAGCUAACGCCAGUCAGCUCCAUCUGUUUACGUCUGAAUAGAGCUCUCAAGAGCCACAGCUUACAACAACAAAUCACUGCACACGCAAAGAAGGUAAAGAAACUUCACAUCCAGGCCGCAGAAUGCAUGUGGCAGCCGUGGAGAAUAAAGGGGGGAUUAGUUUAGAGCUACAGAUGCCAAUAAUGGAUGUGAUUAGAAUUCAGUAAUACAGGAACAUACAGCUCUGUUUGGCCUUUACACUUCCUGUUGUAACAUGCAUAUAGUUGUCAGGUCUCUCUAGGCUUAAAGCAGUGCGCAUGCCUGCUCCUUCUGUCUCAAUGACUGCCUCCCUGACAGCUCUUAGAGGAUCCUGGAUUAGUGCACAGACCACAGUGGGAGAGUUUGAAAGCAACAACAGACAUGAGCGUUACCAUCGAGGAGAGGGGCAGACCCAACACCCAGGAGUACCGGGUGUUUUUCAAAAACUCUGAGGGCAAAUACAUCUCUCCGUUCCAUGACAUCCCCAUCUACGCAAAUGAAGCAGAGAAUAUCUUUCACGCCGUUAUAGAGGUUCCAAGAUGGACAAAUGCAAAGAUGGAGAUUGCCACCAAAGAUCCUCUCAAUCCACUGAAACAAGAUAUGAAGAAGGGGAAUCUUCGUUAUGUGGCGAAUGUGUUUCCUCACAAAGGCUACAUCUGGAAUUAUGGAGCUAUUCCACAGACGUGGGAAGACCCCAACCACAAGGACAGCGACACAGGAUGCUGCGGAGACAAUGAUCCUAUUGAUAUAUGUGACAUAGGGAAUAAGGUGUGCUCUCGAGGGGAAAUAAUCAAGGUGAAGGUGUUGGGAACUCUGGCUCUGAUCGAUGAGGGUGAAACAGACUGGAAGGUCAUUGUGAUCAAUACUGAGGACCCCGAAGCCGACGACUUUAACGAUAUUGAUGACGUAAGACGACUUAAGCCUGGAUACCUGGAGGAGACUGUUGAUUGGUUCAAAAGAUACAAAGUCCCAGAUGGGAAACCUGAAAACCAGUUUGCUUUCAACGGAGAGUUCAAGGACAGGGACUUUGCCAUUAAAACAGUCAAGAGCACCAACGAGUUUUGGAAGGCACUGGUUUCCAAGAGGACCGAUGCUGGCGAGUUAAAUUGCAUGAACACCAGUGUCUCAGAUAGUCCGUUCUGCUGCUCUGCCGGGGACGCAGAGGCUGUGGUUAAAUCUGCGUGUGCUUUUGGAGCUGAAGAUCCCAUUCCAUGUUCAGUCGACAAAUGGUUCUACUAUGAGAAGUAAGAGGAAACUCCUGAGCAGAAACCUUCAUUCUUUCCACCUUCAACACAUCGGAGCAGUGCACGAGAUUACAGGAUGGAUUAGAUUUAUAUUUCAUGUCAGAUUUUCUUUCUUCUUGUUCACACUUGAAUGUCAAAACUGCUUGUUGUGUGAUCGUGACAUAAGAUAUUGUAUAGUUGCCAAUAAUUUCAGGCUUGACAGAACAUUACAAUAAACUACACUAAAUCUUGUAUUGAUUUUAUUGCCAUUACUACAUAUUGUCAUUAUCACAUUGGCGUGAGGUUACAGAAUAUGGAUCUCAAGUGCAUAAUGGUCUCCUGAAAAGAAGUCAUGCUCUGUCUGUAAUCUUUGAAAUAAAACAACCUAUUUCUGUGCA